ACACCAAGUCUAAAAUGCAGUUUACCAUUCUUCUUGCACUUUUUGGCCUUGCUUCUGCUGCCACAUACUAUUCAUCAACUCCAAGCUAUAGCAACUCUUACAGAAGUUGCUCUUCCUCUUACGAAUGUUCGUCUGGCCAAACUUGCUCUAAUGGACAAUGCAUGAGCUCUCUCGGAUAUAACGGAGGACUUUACUCCAACACCUAUAACAACAACAACCAAUAUGACAUGAACAGUCAGUAUGGCAACCAAAUGGGUACCACUGGAUCCGGAACAUACUGCACCACGUCGUACUCUUGCCGAUCUGGAGAAACAUGCAUGAACAACAGAUGCCAAAGCAGCUAUUCCAACAACAUGUACAACUCCAAUUCUCAGUACUCUAACUCUGGAUCCACUUGCCGUUACUCUACCGACUGCUACUCUGGACAAAUGUGCUCCAACGGAGUUUGUGUCGCCCAAUACGGAACCUCUUACAACAAUGCUAUGUACUCUUCAUCUACAGGAAGUAAGAAACAUUAUCACAAUACAUAUCCCAAUUUCACAAAUAUAACAAUUCCAUUGUCUAAUGCACACAUCUUUUCCAGAACGAUGCCUUAACAAUCUUUCCUGCGCUAACGACGAACGUUGUGUUAACGGCCUUUGCGUUAUCCACAUCGCGUCUAGUAAUUCCGUAAACUUGACAUCUUACAUUCAUUGUUUUGUUUCCAGAUUACUGUACUUAUGAUAACACUUGUGGACUCAAUCAAAGAUGUGUUAACAACAUGUGUCAAUCCACCGGAUCAAACUCUAUGUACGGAAGUGGCUCAUCCGGAUACAACACUUACGGCUCUGGAAACACCUAUGGAUCAUCCAACUCCAGAUGCACAUACAACUCGGACUGCGGAUCUAAUAGAUACUGCUCAUCUGGAUACUGCACCAGCUACGUGCUCAGACAAAAGAGAAGCUCUUAAGCAUUUGUACUAAACUUGUAUUAUAAAACUACAUGAAUUAUUCAAUAUUCCAAUAAAACAUUGCCAAUCCCUU